AUGUUGUUACCAUCUGAUAUAGCAAGACUUGUGCUGGGGUACUUGCAACAAGAAGGGCUAAAUGCUACCAGUCGGACAUUCAUUGUGGAGAGCCCAAACCUAAAGGAAUAUGCGGAGCACACAACAGAGGAUGGCACAAUCCCUGCCUGUGUAUUUUCUCUGUUUGGGAAAAACCUCACAACAAUUUUGAAUGAAUAUGUUGCCGUUAAAACAAAAGAAACGAGCCACGAGACUCAAAUUCCCGCCAUGAUGACGUCUUUAUGGAAAAAGCUGGACUUCACCCUUAAUCAGAUAAAAUGCAUGCAGAACUCUCCAGCUCUGCAACAGAGCCAGCGACUCCGAACCAGAAAUGGCAUCGCCAACAUGAGGCGUCAGAGGGCGCUGACAGCUGCCCCGGCACCCAGCUCAGGGUACAUGACUGUGUCGAUGCCUCAGCAGUGUGGAGCUAGUCCUGCCGCUACCCCUCAGGGUGGCAUGCUGGGUCACUCCACCCCUGUGUGUUACACCAGUCAGCAGACACGCCCCUCCACUGUCAGCUUUGGUCAACCAGGAGAUUCACCCCUGCAGAUACUGGUCCCUGAUCACAGAUUUAACCCUGGACCCCUGUCUCCAGGCCGCAGGAAGUGUGACUCACCGAGGCGGCGGGGUGGGAGCCAGUGUGGAGCCAGUGGGCCUGGCAGGAACAGUGUUGUUUCCAGUGUGCUUACGGUUGAGCAGCAGAAUGAGGAGACGGUGUCAGAGAACUUUCCUCAAAUGGUGAUAGAAAAUGCUCGGGAAAAGAUUCUAAAUGACCGGUCUCUUCAGGAGAAGCUCGCAGAAAACAUCAACAAAAUCCUUGCAAGUGACAUUAGUCCCCAGAUGUCAAAGACAUCGUGCAGCACUGUGGAACAGGACCAGUCCAUUGAUGAAAUACUUGGCCUGCAGGGUGAAAUUCACAUGACAGAUGAUGCUAUUCAGGAUAUACUAGAGCAGACUGAAUCUGAUCCUGCCUUCCAAGCCCUUUUUGAUCUUUUUGACUAUGGUAAAGGUAAAACAGGUGAAUACCAUGACCGGGCUGAUGGGAGCCUCAGUAACAGUGCUCAGGAAAGUGAUGAGUCAGGGCUCGUGGAUGACUCUUCUGAAGCAGCUAAUACAGGAACUGGGCAUGAGGACUCCACCUCUGGGGGAGAAAACACUGUGAGAAAACUCAGAAAAAGAAACGUGCAGGAGUCCAAAAGCAAAAGGAAACCGCCUGCAGCUGCUCCAAGCACAUCAAAGUCAUCUCCAGGCACCAAACUGUCACGUCCGGCGAGUGAGUCUGGACAAACGGGGCAAGGAACAGCACAGGUUAAAAAUGGGAGCAGCAGGAAAAGAGUUUCGGUUCCUAACCAAAAGGAAACGAGAGGCAUUGGCGCUGCGUCAUGUGAGCAGUUAAGUAAAAACUCAGAGUCUCACUUGUCGGACAAAAAUGCAGGCAGCUCUUCUGCAACUGAGGAAUGUACAGCCAUGGAUGUGGAUGAGGCUGUGAGCGCUCCAAUGACAGAAAUGCACCAUCUGCAGGAUGGCUCUCAAACACCUGUGCUGGAGAACUUGCAGGCUUUCAAAAGUACCAGCGAAAACACCACUGUGAUCCCAGUAACAAAGCCAUCUGAGCUUAAUCCCAGUGCCUUUGGGGCUACAGUCAGAGACGAGAAUGGGAGUAUGGCGGAAACGCCUGCCGGAGAGACCAGUGGUGCAUCUAGUGGAGUCAUUGGAGGUUCUGGUCAAACUGGAGCUUUGCCUUCUCUCCACAUACCUCUGCAUGACUUGGGUGAAACUGGCAACGGAGGGCCAGGGCAGUGUCUCUCACAAAACAAACCUCCUUCUCUUGACCCUGCUGCUCAGGAGAAGGAGGCAACAGUCAAGGAGCCUCAGACAAGGGGCUCAGGGAAUGCAGCUUCUCUUACAGAGAGCUCAUCCCUGCUGAUUUCCACUUCAGCAGAUCCAGCCGCACCUUCCGGUUCCACCUGUGUUUCAAACAGUCAGACCAGGGAACCCGAUCCCAGUAAGAUAGUCUCUCUGAAGAUCAUUAUCAGUGAUGAACAGGACGAGGGUCCCACUGACUCUGCUCUCAACCAAGCGACGUGCAGCGUCACGGGAGAGCAGAUCCCUACCAUCUUCCUCUCCUCACCUGGAAAGUCACCCACCAAGGGCCUGACCUCUGCUAGUUCCGCCGUCACGCACGAGGAGACUGUGCAGGCAGUCAGCAGCUUACAGGGGACGGAGGUUAUUGGAACAUCAACGCCUCUGUGUCUUAACGUUCAGGAUAACGUGCAGCGCCAACAGGCGGGUGAAAAGAUGCAGGAAACUAGCUACAUCCAGCUGGUGUCCGCCAACCCUUCCUUUGGAGGUUCAAGUAGCUACUUUGUUGUGACGGACCCUUCUGCGGCUGACCACCAUUCCAACCUGGUAGUGCUGCCAAGUAACGGACCGCAGGGGCCCAUAUCUGCUGCGUCACACGUGGUAGCAACUCCGCCUCGGUCAAGAGCUGUCGUCUCCAUGUCUCCAGAUGUCUCUCAGACCUAUUCCACCGGGUCAACAAUCAUCAUUUCUUCACCUGUACAGCCCAUGUUACAAAGUGUGGUUGUACCUGUAUCUGUAGUAGGGCAGAACACUACUGGGAAAUUCACUGUUGUUCCCAACCAGGUGUUGACUUUGCCAUGUCCCACCUCGGUAACACAGCCUGUAAAGGUGAAAUCCAAACCAAAACUGGCUCCGAAAGACUCCACAGACUCUGGCAAAUCAGGACAGUCCGGAUCCAUCAGUGGUUCAAAGACGCUCUUACAGUCUGGCCAGAGCUCAGAGCAGCAGAAGAGUUCCACCUCUAAUUCUAGCCAUCGCAGAAUGCUUUGCUUUGACGUCACGUCUGAUAACACUGUAACUAGUCAAAAUACCACACAGGUCAAUAAAACGCCGUCAUCCUCUGGUGCGGUCUCAUUAUCACCAGGCCAACUGUGUCGUAGUGACAACGCAAAAAGCGGACUGACGAAACCUCUCAUUUUAGGGAGUGGUAAAGCUAAGAGGAGAGUAGAGACUGUAAGGUUAACAGAAAAAAGCCAAGCGUCAGCAGCACGAGAACCUCACAAAACCACAUCAAACCGACAGCAAAAGGAGUCCACAAAGAGUACACCCUUCGAGAAGCCUAUAGAUCAAACCACCAAAUGUACUAGCUCUGCAAAGACAUCCCCACCUCAGCAGGAGUUCUCUGUUGGGGUAGAGGGUGGUAGAACAUCUCAAACAUCAGAUAAGGAGGAUGAGGAUGUUGCACUGAAGGUGAAGGACACAGCACAGAAUAUAAGCUCCUCUGGUCCAGGUCGUCAGCAGGUUGUCACCUCAGGCAAGACCAAGGACACAACAAAACCAGAGCCUCGUGACCAGCAGCCUGUGAAGGGAAACGAUGAACUGUCCGGAAAGAUUUCCUUGCAGGAAUCGCCUCAAGUCAGUGCUAACAAGGAGAACGAAGUGGGGGGCGUGCAGCGGGAGCAGGGUCAGACAGCCGCCCCGUCGUCUGAAGAACCUGUGUCUUUCACUCUCAGGUCACCUACGCCCGUGUCCCAGAGUGGCUUUGGCAAAACCCUCUGCAAGACCAGCCCGCUCACCAAGCAGGCGGCUGAGAUGCUCCAGGACAUCCAGGGUCAGAACCCUGCCUGCACCCCAUCCAAGAAGCAAGGGUCGAACUGUUUAGAUCUUCCACUUCCCAGAACGCCAGGGUCGGGGCGGCUGCAGGAAGAGUUUCUGGAGGGCUUAAAGACCCCCUCACGGCAAAGGUCUGGACGGGAGAACGAGGGAACUCCGAGGCAGUUGCCUCCGCCCGCCACCCCGGACAUCCCCACCUGCAGCCCAGCCAGCGAAGCAGGGAGUGAGAACAGCAUCAACAUGGCAGCCCACACCCUGAUGAUUUUGUCCCGAGCUGCCCGCACGGGAGGUCCUCUGAAAGACAGCAUGAGGCAGGAGGAAGCCGGAUCCGGUAAACUCGCCCCUUCCAAAACCAAGAAGCGCAAGCACACUGAGCCAAGUCCGCCAGCGAAGAGAGAAGCCCAGAUCACUGGUUCAUCAGGGAGCAAGAAGAAAGCUAAGAAACAGAAAAAGCUGCUAGACUCAUUCCCACAUGACUUAGAUGUGGACAAGUUCCUGUCAUCUCUACAUUACGAUGAAUGA